AUGUACGGCGCUCCCCGUUCCGGAAACUGCUUCAACUGUGGCCAGCCCGGCCACAUUGCCCAGGUCUGCCCUGACGCCGGUGUCCCCACCUGCUACUCGUGCGGCCAGGCCGGCCACCUCAGCCGCGAGUGCCCCCAGCCCAAGCCCAAGGCCUGCUACACCUGCGGCCAGGAGGGCCACCUCUCGUCGGCGUGCCCCCAGGGCCCCGCUGCUUCGGGCUUCGGCGGCCCCAACGGUGGCGAGUGCUACCGCUGCGGCAAGCCCGGCCACAUUGCCCGCCUCUGCCCUGAGAGCGGUGACGCGGCUGGCUUCAGCGGCGGCCCCGGCGGCGCUGGCGGCUACGGCGGUGGUGGCUUCAGCGGCGGUGGUGGUGGCGGCUUCGGCUCCAAGUCGUGCUACACCUGCGGCGGCGUUGGCCACAUCUCGCGCGACUGCCCCUCGGGCGGUGGUGGCGGCGGCCGCUUCGGCGGUGGUGGUGGUGGCGGUGGCGGCUUCGGCUCGCGCAAGUGCUACAACUGUGGCCAGGACGGCCACAUCUCGCGCGAGUGCCCCCAGGAGCAGGGCCGCACUUGCUACGGCUGCGGCCAGGUCGGCCACAUUAACGCCAACUGCCCCGCCAACCAGCAGGCCCCCGCUGCCUAA